AUGGGAGAUAUGACAUCUCCCAUUUCCAAUCACAGUAACCCCUUCCAUUUAGAAACUGAAUGCAUCCUGUCAGGAAUUAUGUCAGUGAGUGGGAAAAAGGUACUCCAUAUGGACCGAAACUCAUAUUAUGGAGGAGAAAGUGCUUCUGUUACACCUCUAGAAGAUCUUUACAAAAAAUUCAGUACACCGGGUCCUGCAAAAGCAAUGGGAAGAGGAAGAGACUGGAAUGUGGAUUUAAUCCCCAAAUUCUUUAUGGCGAAUGAUCAACUGGUUUUGCUGCUGCUUUUCACAGGGGUGACCCGUUAUCUGGAUUUCAAAGUGGUUGAAGGAAGUUUUGUUUACAAAGCUGGGAAGAUUCAUAAGGUUCCAGCAACGGAGGCUGAUGCAAUGAAUUCUGAUCUGAUGGGCAUGUUUGAUAAAAGACGCUUUAAGAAGUUCUUAGCCUUCAUUGCUAACUUUGAUGAACAAGAUCCACGAACAUAUCAGGACAUUGACCCAAGAAGAACCACAAUGAAGGAGAUGUACAGGAAGUUUGAUUUGGGUCAGGAUGUGAUUGAUUUCACGGGGCAUGCAUUGGCCUGCUACAGGACCGCAGAUUACCUGGAAAAACCUUGCUUAGAGACCAUCGCUCGCAUUAAACUCUACAAUGAUUCCCUGACCCGCUACAGAAAAAGCCCAUACUUAUAUCCACUCUAUGGUCUUGGAGAGCUACCACAAGGGUUUGCCAGAUUAAGUGCUAAUUAUGGAGGUACCUAUAUACUAAACAGAAGUGUGGAAGAAAUUCUCACUCAUCAUGGACGUGUGGUUGGGAUUAAGUCUGAAGGGAAGGUUAUUCGUUGCAAGCAGCUAAUUUGUGACCCCAGCUAUGUACCCAAGUGGAUGAAGAAAAAAGGAAAAAUCAUCAGGGUGAUAUGUAUCCUCAGCCACCCCAUCCGAAACACCAGCGAUUGCAACUCAUGUCAGAUAAUCAUCCCACAAAUGCAAGUCAACAGGAAGUCAGAUAUCUAUGUGUGCAUGGUUUCAUAUGCCCACAAUGUGGCAGCUGAAGGCAAGUACAUAGCCACCGUCAGCACAAUUGUAGAGACCAACAACCCAGAAAGUGAGAUUCAGUUGGCUUUGGAGCUCUUGGAACCCAUUGAUCAAAAGUUCAUCACCAUCUCAGAUCAAUACAUUCCCAUGGAUGAUGGAGUAAAAAGUCAGAUCUUUGUAUCGCAGUCCUAUGAUGCUACCACCUACUUUGAGUCAACAUGCGAUGACAUCAAGGACAUCUACAGACGAAUGACAGGAGUAGAAUUUGACUUCGGGAGCCUGAAGCAUAAACAAAAGGAUGUCUUUCAGCAGGAUGAAUAG